CUGCCAGCGCCGGACGGAGUCGGCGGCCGGGCGGAGGACGGGCAGGCCGACCCUCGGACGCAGCCCCGGGCCGAGCCGCGGGCUUCCUGGCGAGGCGGGGCGGCCGCGAGCCCGGGCGAGAAGAUGUUCAACGUGGAGUCCCUGGAGCGGGUGGAGCUGUGCGAGAGCCUCCUCACUUGGAUCCAGACAUUUAAUGUGGAUGCACCAUGCCAGACCGUGGAAGAUUUAACGAAUGGGGUUGUGAUGGCCCAGGUUCUCCAAAAGAUAGAUCCUGCAUAUUUUGAUGAAAAUUGGCUAAACAGAAUCAAAACUGAAGUAGGAGAUAAUUGGAGGCUAAAGAUAAGCAAUUUAAAGAAAAUUUUGAAAGGAAUCCUGGAUUACAAUCAUGAGAUUUUAGGGCAGCAAAUUAAUGACUUUACCCUCCCUGAUGUGAACCUUAUUGGGGAGCAUUCGGAUGCCGCCGAGCUGGGAAGGAUGCUCCAACUCAUUUUAGGCUGUGCUGUGAACUGUGAACAGAAGCAAGAGUACAUCCAAGCCAUCAUGAUGAUGGAGGAAUCUGUCCAACACGUCGUCAUGACAGCCAUCCAGGAGCUGAUGAGUAAAGAGUCUCCUGUCUCUGCUGGGAAUGAUGCCUACGUUGACCUUGAUCGCCAGCUGAAGAAAACUUCAGAGGAACUGAAUGAAGCUUUGUCGGCCAAGGAAGAAAUUGCUCAAAGGUGCCAUGAGUUGGAUCUGCAGGUUGCAGCAUUGCAAGAGGAGAAGAGUAGUCUGUUGGCAGAGAAUCAGGUAUUAAUGGAAAGGCUGAAUCAGUCUGAUUCUAUAGAAGAUCCUAACAGUCCAGCAGGAAGAAGGCACCUGCAGCUCCAGACUCAGUUAGAACAGCUCCAAGAAGAAACAUUCAGACUUGAAGCAGCCAAAGAUGACUAUCGAAUACGCUGUGAAGAGUUGCAGAAGGAGAUGUCUGAGCUUCGGCAGCAGAACGAUGAACUGACCACUUUGGCAGAUGACGCGCAGUCUCUAAAAGAUGAAAUAGACGUUCUCAGACAUUCUUCUGAUAAAGUGUCUAAACUAGAAGGCCAAGUGGAAUCAUAUAAAAAGAAGCUAGAAGAUCUUGGUGAUUUGAGGCGGCAGGUUAAACUCUUAGAAGAGAAGAAUACUAUGUAUAUGCAGAACACAGUUAGCCUAGAGGAGGAGCUGAGAAAAGCCAACGCGGCUCGAAGUCAACUCGAGACGUAUAAGAGACAGGUAGUAGAACUGCAAAAUAGAUUAUCUGAAGAAUCGAAGAAAGCAGAUAAAUUAGAUUUUGAAUAUAAGCGGCUAAAAGAAAAAGUUGACAGUCUUCAAAAAGAAAAGGAUAGGUUAAGAACAGAAAGGGAUUCUCUGAAGGAAACCAUCGAAGAGCUUCGUUGUGUUCAGGCUCAAGAAGGGCAGCUUACAACUCAAGGGUUAAUGCCUCUGGGAAGUCAGGAAUCUUCGGAUAGUCUGGCAGCAGAGAUCGUCACACCUGAAAUCAGGGAGAAACUUAUUCGUCUUCAGCAUGAGAAUAAGAUGUUAAAAAUUAACCAAGAGGGUUCAGACAAUGAAAAAAUCGCCUUAUUGCAGAGCCUUCUAGAUGAUGCCAGCCUACGCAAGAAUGAACUGGAGACAGAGAACAGGCUGGUGAAUCAAAGACUUCUGGAAGUACAGUCACAAGUCGAAGAACUGCAAAAAUCUUUACAGGAUCAAGGCUCAAAGGCAGAAGAUUCAGUUCUUCUAAAAAAGAAGCUUGAAGAGCAUCUAGAGAAGCUGCAUGAGGCCAAUAAUGAGCUGCAGAAGAAGAGAGCCAUCAUCGAGGACCUUGAGCCGAGAUUUAACAACAGCUCCUUAAAAAUUGAAGAAUUACAAGAAGCUUUACGGAAGAAAGAAGAGGAAAUGAAGCAAAUGGAAGAAAGAUAUAAAAAAUACUUAGAGAAAGCCAAAAGUGUUAUUCGUACUUUAGAUCCUAAGCAAAAUCAAGGAGCAGCACCAGAAAUACAAGCUCUUAAAAAUCAGCUCCACGAACGGGAUCGGCAGUUCCAUUCAUUGGAGAAAGAAUAUGAGAAAACAAAGAGUCAAAGAGAGAUGGAGGAGAAAUAUAUUGUUAGUGCCUGGUACAAUAUGGGAAUGACUCUGCAUAAAAAGGCGGCAGAAGACAGACUUGCUAGUACAGGUUCGGGGCAGUCAUUCCUGGCGAGGCAGAGACAAGCCACCAGCACGAGAAGGUCUUACCCGGGCCACGUCCAGCCAGCCACAGCAAGGUAGACACGUCCUGCCAUUAGAAUAAGAAAACACCCCGCUUUGAAAGCAUACUUCUGUUACAUAUAACAUUUCAGGAAAUUCAGCCAGCUUAUAUUUUGUCUGUAUUUCAUGUUACUAUUUAGUUGUUUCUCAUUUGAGGACUUUCUCUCUUCUGUAUCUAUAAUGUUUUAGUUUCCUGGUCCUUUAUUUUGUAGUCCUUUUGGUUCCUUUUAAUGUGCCAAAAAAUUUUUAAAUGCCCAAUUAAAAGUGUUGUAUAUUAGUGUAGUACUUUUCUUUGUAUGAAAAUGUCCUUUCCCCAAUGGCGUAGGCUUUGUAAUGAAUUAGAUUUUCUGCCAAUAAUUGAUAUACAAUUUAUAUUCUUUAUUGUGCCUCUGUGUUACCAUGCUUUCUAAGAAUGUCUUUGUUUAAAGGGAAUUAAUCUUUUUAUGAUGUAUUAAUCUGUGUUUUCAAUUGUUUUCCAAAUGCACUUCAAAUAACUUGCAUACUUACUAUGUAAUAUGGUUGGCAAGUGCACUUUUUGCAAAGACAUAAAGACAUUGGCAGAGGUGCUCAUCAGAUCUUACCUAAGGCACCUGAUAGAACUAUUUAGAGGGAAAAACUGAGUUUUCACGUUGUUUUAUAGGAAAUUAAAUUUGUCCAAAGAUUUGGAAACUAUUUUUAAAACAUAAAUAGAAUUUCAUUAUUUCCUACUAUCUUAUUUGCUGGCAGAAGUGAAUGCACUGGUUAGGUUACUUGGGGAAAAGUUACAGAAGAAAAAAAAUCAGGCAAUGUGUUCAUUUUUUUUCUUUUUUUUGGAAUAUCACAGUAACUGAGGAUCAGAUUCUAGCAAUGGGCUGACAUUUCGUUGCAACUGCCCUCCACAUAUAAAAGUAUAUAAAAGAUGUAUUUUCUAUAUACUUAUGAGUCAUAGGUGGCCUUACCUUUGGGGUAAUUUCCUUGUUGACUUGCACCUCAUUUGUCUUACUUAUUCCUUAACAUAAAACCUUCUAUUUCUCAAUAACUCCUAAUACUUAACAUCUUAGUAUCAGUCGUUAGGAUCAAUAAGUGACUCCUUGUGUCUGAUGUUAUGACAGGUGGCUGUCAUAUUUUUUCUUAAUUCUAUGGACUAGUCUAAGAGUUUGCUACUGAGUAGAUUCUCUUGGGUAUUUGGUUGCCCCAAAGUGCUUACAUUUGUUGACAGAUUAUAAACUAUGUUUACUUACAUUGAUGAAUGGCUGUCAAGUAAUAAUGAUUGUAAAGCACUUUGACUAUAUAAGGUGCUAUAUAAAUGCAAAAUGUCAUUCAUUUGAACAUGAAAUGUCUCUGCCUAACUUUCCAUAUUGGCCCCAGAUUAUAUUUAAGUUCCCCUCCAGCCUUUUUCUUGCAUCAUAGCCCAUAGCCCAGUAAAGCAAAAAUUGACUGAAAUUAGGUCGAUUAUUUGUUUGUUUUCGGUUUUGGAUAGGUCACCUAUUAAGAAGAUUUUAUUUCAUAUACUUGCUGUUUAGAAGUUCAGGUUUCAUUUAGUUUUGUGUAUUAAAUACAAAUGAGUAACUUUAAAUCAAGCUAAACAUAAUCAAGACUUUUCAGAAACUAUAUUCCAGUGUUUGAUUUUAAAUCCUUAUUUCCUUUUUUUAUAAGAAAUUGACCUAAAGACUAUUUUAGGUAUUUUCAUUUGUCCUCAGAAACCGUACUUGAAGAAAGGUAUUAGAAUAUACACAGAAAUGACUCCAUGCAUUGUGCUAAUUUUUUACCUUAAGUACAGAAGUCUGAGCUCAGUGUGAGUGCUUCUGCCUGGUAAAAAGAAAAGCAGGAAGACUUAGUAGUAAUGGAGAGAACCAGCGAGUGGAAUGCAUCGUGGGGUUUCAGGAGGGCAAGCAGACCUAAUCAACAUAGAAAGUUUUGACAGUGAAAGAUUAAAAAUUGAUUUAAGGUGGGUAACCCUCCCCCACCUCCACCCCUCCCUGUCCCUUUAUUUCACAAAUCAGAGUAAGGAUCCAACAGUUUUAAAACAGGACAUGAACACUGACCUUGGUAAAAUGAAAAUUAUUGGGAAAUAUAGCUGCAGAAUAAGAUAGAUGAAAAUCAGAGUCCAUGAGCUGUUUGUUAAAUGGAUUAUAUCCCAUGAGAGGACAGGUUUUAAUUUUAGUUCUCUAUUUACUGUCCCAGUCCUGGUCUCCUACCCACCCCGCUGCUCAGAUAUGUUUCUCUAAAUGGGAGAGGAAAGUGCCAAGCUUUUAGAAGGAAGUUUUCCGCCUUAUUUUUCUUCAGUAUGCCAUUAUUUUGGUGCUUACGUUCAUAAGUUUCAGUCACCUUUACAGUAUCUUUAAAGUUUAGUAUAUUGCUUUCGUUCCAUAGCAGAAACUUUAUUUCUAAACAUUCUGUGAUGUCUUUUUAAAAAUCAGGAAUAGAACUUUGCUGUCCCAGUGAGAACCCCAUUUCCUUCGCUCAGCUUUGGACAGGAUUUUUAAAUUUCUCUUUCUCUGGCGAUGGCGCUGGCACACUGUGGAGUCAGCACAGAGUUGCUGUGCUGAGGGUGGGGUUGAGCCGUCACCCCCCGUCUGAGUUCUUGUGAACAAAAAGCUUAUUUUCUGUUUUCCCUCUAACCAGGGUGAGAAAAUACAGAGUUAAUAACUAAAGACUACAAAAGCAUGAAAUUUAUAUUCUGCAGUGUGUAUUUAAGAAGUUUGUAAUGGGGAAAAAAAUCCAGCAAAUAUUAUAGUUUACCUCAUCUUAAAAAGAGAGUAAAUAAUACAGCUGUACAUAUCUUAAAAAAACUUGCAAAAACCCAAUCAUACCUUUUUUAGUAUCUGUCUGAUUAUUGAAUAAUAACCAAGAAAAAGAAGUCCCCAAACAAAGGCUCCAUUUUCUAAAAUUGAUCAGCAUUGAAUUAUUUCUGUUUGAUGGCCCAGCCUGAUAAAAUUAGCUAAUGAGAUGAUUCAUUAUAAUAAGUAUAAUACUGCCCGCUGUUAUUUUGUUACGGUCCUACUGCUUUGUCUGUAUGAUAAAAGCUCAGUUGCACAAACUUGAGCUAAAUGUUUCCAGUCAGAAACAUCAGCCCAUAUACAUCAGCGGUCUUCAGCAAGGCAUGAAACCCGGUGCCGUGCAAACAAACCAGCAGUAAGUGCUUGUGAGGGGAAGGGGAACUUAGGUUGAAGAAAAUUUUAUUUUUGAGCUAUUUUACUCACACUUCCUUUUCAACUGCAGUUUUAUUUAUUCAUAUCUAAUGAUAUGAAAUAUUUUGUAGUGUCUCUUGCUCUCCGACAAGCAUUCAUCUUUUAAAGAUAACACCGUGUUGAAAACUUGAAAAUCUUUAUUCUGAUAUAAGAAUUUUCUUGAAAUAAAAUUCUAA